GUCAAACUGCAAAACUUACAGGUGUAUCGUAAAAUUUUGCAUUCUUGUUUCGAGACCGUCAGCUACCGAAAAAAAAGGAUUUUCCCGUUGUUCAAUGUGCUAUUCGGAUUGAUAACUUUUAAUUUAACUCAGUUCAAGUGAAUUUUUAUUGCGGAGGAAAGCAGCGGCAGAGUUUCCUUCAGGAAUAGUCCCGAAAACAGUUUUUUUUUCUACGCGGAAGGCAAAAGUUGCACAUUUUUGACAACUGCUCCAGGAUAAUCGCUGGAUGUCAAAGUGCGGUUUUCGUGAACGGAGAGUGCGCGUGUGUUUGUGUGAAGGAUUUCGGGCUCGUUGAGCGUGUGUGUGUUUCGUUGUUGCGGUCCGAAAAAGGGAACGCCAUAUUGAACAAAAGAAGAGACGAGAGAAUAGUUUGUUCAUCGUUUAGCAGCCGCGGUUUGCCCGUCAAAAAGGCCAAGUGCGAAGCAAAACUAGAAAGCAUUUUUCGCCGUCUGCACCAGGAAACGAGCAGAGUGAUUCUACGUGGACAAUUUCGUUCCGGAAGGCUGGAUAUUUCCGCCGCUUGGGACUUUCGUUCCUGUUCGAUGUGAAGAAGAAAGGGGAGUCUGGGGAUUAGCGGCCGUUUUGUCCGACUCCCGAGAAGAAAAGUGUGUGUUUUCGUAUAUCGUUCUGUGCCCCGUUCUCGGAUACACCAAUAAUCUCGCAAUCACUGUUCAUAAACCUAAUCAAUUGUCAAGGUCUGGCGUAAAAGUAACUCACAAUCGCUCGAAUGGGAAACUUUACUUUGUGAAGAGCAACCAGCAAACUACUCUAACAAAAUGUCCGGUCACAAUCCACCGCAUGGACGUUUAGGUCAACCGAAUUCCACCUGGAAUCCGUUGCAGGUGCCGUACAUCCCUCGGCAACCGCAACUGGCCCACAUGUCGAGCGAACGGUCCAUGGCAAGAUCGCCAGUGACAUGGCACACUCCGCCAACCCAUCAGGAUCAGUUAUAUAACUUUAUGACUGCUAACCACAAGAACAAUCUAGAAAUCAACCCCAUGCUGCCAACGUUUGGACGUACUUCCGGCAUGCCUCUUGGAUCCGUGGAUUUAUCUCUGUCGUCUGCAACCAGAAGCACGCCGUCUCCCAAGGGAGCCAAUCCGCAGCAACCGGGCCCACCUCAACAGCAUCUGCCCUCGAACAUUCCACCGGGCCUGGGAGGUCCUCCGAUGCCGGAUCAAAACGACCACUUUCAUCCCAAGAUGGUCCCUGGACAUGGCCAGCAAUCGCAACAACAGCACCAUCUUUCGCACCAUCAUCAACAGCAACAACAACAACAGCACCCGUCACAUCACAUGAACACAAAUCACAACCGCUCUCCAUCGGCCACUCAAAUCGGAGGAGUAAUACAAUCAACAGCGGCCCUCAAGGAUCGUUCCAAUCAACAUCCAAGUGUUUCUGGUGGCGCUGGCGGGGGAGUUGGCGUUGGUGGAAGUGGCAAUGCCGUUUCGUGUAGUUUUUUGGGAAAUAGCGGAUCCAGUGGCAUGGGAUUGAGCACCGGCAGUGCCGGCGGAAAUGGAUAUUACAAUAUGAUGAGUAGCUGUAGUACUGGUAGCGGUAGUGUUGACGGCAGUAAUAGUAUUAACAGGCCACUGGGUGGACACGGCGGUGGAGCACUGAACCCAGCGUCUAACAUGGGAGAGCCCAGCGAAUUUGCAGCGAUGAUCCCUGGAGGAUUGCAUAUCAAGGAUGCCAAACAGAUCAACAACGAAGCUGGUAAAAAUGGGAGGGAUAACAUGCCAUCCAAAAAGGAGUCAACCGACUUAGUGAAAGAAAUUCUGAUGCAAGCUAUGCAAGCCAACGCAGCAACCUCGGUGUCGCCUAAAAGGAAUUCACCAUUGCGGACACCUGUUCCUCCUAACCACAGCCCGACGAGAAGUCGUAGUCCGCCGACCCCUGCUCUGUCACACUCAAUGGACCUAACGGCGGCGCCGGCCUGUGUAAAUACAACGUUUCCAAUUAAUCCUACAAAUGUGCCAUCGACAGCGGAAGCCACGGGAAACACUUCCGGCAGCAAAACCAACAGCUCAUCGAACGCUGGUUCGCCGAUUGUAGUACCGCCUAGUGUAGCUCCGGCGGCACCUAGCACGGAACGAGCUUCUCCCACCAAUCAGAGUAUGACCUCGAAUGAAGACUCGGCCGACUCCAACUCGAGCAAGUCGCGAAGACGUCGCAAGCCCGAUCGUACCAACAAAAUGGGCGGCGAGGAGCUGGACAGAAUGCACGAGUUCCUCGGCGGAGGGGACAUCAGUUCCGAUAAGUGUGACCGCAUUGAUGGAAUCGAUCCAAUGAGGCCUAACAUUGCAGUGCGGAAUGAUAUAGCGACCCUGGCAUUGGAGGGAAUCAGCAGUCUCAGUCAAGGCUUGGCCAGUGAUAGUAGUCAUAGUCCGCACAUUACGGAUCUUUCGGAUAGUACGCGAGUAAAUCUGCAGAACUUAACCGAAAGUAAUUCCGCCAAUGGAGAGGAGCGAAAAUCUCCACCGGUUCUCUCUGGGAUUGCCAACGUUCUGUCAGCUGCCGCCGCGGUCGUUAUGGAAUCAACCCGAAAGGACAGUGAGUCCAAUUCGGACGAUUGUGAAACCAUUGAUAAAAUAGCGGCAAUGAUCUCUAGCACCGAGAACGAGGGCGUUGUCAAUGCACCUCAGCAAUUGCCAGUUGAGCCGUCUAUUCCUGUUGUAGGUCAAAAAGGUCAAAACACUCGAAGGAGUAAUGGUCCCGUGAGGUUGGCCGAAGAAUCUCCCUCGCUCAUCGGCAACGACAAAACUGAGCUGAAUAAAAUGGAUACGGAUAAGAGUUUUGAAGAAGUGGAAAACAAAUUGGAGGAAAUGUUUGCCGGUAUCGAUGAAAGUCUUCCAGCAAGUUCUAGCAAAUCGUCGCCCUCCAGUGGGAAAAAGUCGCCAUCGCCGAAGCAAACGACUGAAUCUACCGACAUUCUCACGGAACUGGCAGGGAAAAGCGAAGAAUCUGCUCCUCCUUCCACUUCUAGUGGUCCAUCUGCAGAUGCCAGCGAAGCUUCACCGGUGGCCAGCACCAGUGGAACGCAAAAGAAGGUGCUCACUCCGGCAGCUAAGCGAGCAAAUGUAGGAAAACCGGCUGGUGCUGGACCUCCCAAUAAGCGGAAAAAGGUCCUAAAGAAAAAGCCAAUUCAAAGUAAGGGUGCAAGCUUUGCGGCAGCCGAGGAAAGGGCUGCUAGUUUUGGUGCGAAAGGCGGUAAGAAGCCGUUACCGAAGGGUAACGGUAAGAAAGGAAAUGGUUCUGGGUCUGCGGCUGGUAAAAAUAGCAAAGCAAAACCUAGUGACGGAGGAGCUGUAGUGGACCCUAACGGGAAAUACAAAGGCCCUUACGUACAGAUUAAAUCCGACGGCAGCCACGCGGUUAUCAACGCUCCCAUCAACGAAGAUGACUCGGAAAAAGCUCAGAAUAAAACGAAAAAGUUCACAAACAGUAUGAACAAUUCGGAAAAGAGUAAAAUUCGAGGACUGCAUGUGAGCACACUGAGCACAAAGUACGACGCAGAUACCACGGAUACCAGUUGGAUGUGCGUUUUCUGUAAAACGGGACCGCACAAACAAAGGCUAGGCGACUUGUUCGGUCCCUAUAUUAUUAGCACCAAAUCCAGUGAAUUCAAGCAGAGUCAAACUGAUGAAGAAUAUUUUAAUGUGAAACGAACGAGAGAAAGCUUACAAUCAAAGUUGAUCAAGAAGGAGGAACCUGUCGCUGGAACGAGUAAUUCCAAGUCCAAGAAGCGAAAGCCUGGGACAGAAGCUGCUGCAAAUCCACCUGCCGGCCCGAGCACCAGUGUUGCACCUCCCGAUCCGGCACAGUUUCCCGACGAUAUAUUCUACGGCAUGAUCAAAGCCGGAGACGAUUCGUACGAGGUGUGGAUGCACGAAGACUGUCUGGUGUGGGCACCCGGAGUGCACAUAAUUGGAACGCGUGUCGUCGGGCUGGAGGCGGCGAUAUGGAACUGCUGUCGGCAUCAGUGCCGAAUAUGUUCGCACCACGGAGCUACUGUCGGUUGCCUACAGCGAGGAUGCAGCGAAGAAGCACAUGUCGUAUGUGCGAGGCGAAACGAUUGGGAAUUGAGCGAUGAGUUCAAGUCGCACUGCGAAAAGCACUCUAAAACGGACUCCUCUUGAGUAUUGGGGGACUAGAAAGUUGACUGGGUUUUGUUUUUUGUUUGUUUCUGUAUUGUUCAGUUUUGUAAACUAUUUUUCAAACUAAAUCACUUCUGUUUAGGAAGCGUCAAUAAAAAGGAUCUGUUUUCAGUGUUGUCUCAGUGAGUCGACUUGAAGGGGCUUGUUUCCUAACCGAUGGUUACUACAGUUCACGAAAGAUAUUAAGGAUGGCUUUUAAAUCUACCCCUGCCGCGAGAGAAACAGAACAGCCACAUUUCAAAUUAAGCUGUACAUUUUAGUCGUGUACAUAUAGUCAGCUAGAAUACUACUAUUUUUUAUUUAGCUUUAAUGGUGCGCAGAGAAGUUUGACUGGAACAGAACAGAACGUGAAGUGACGGGAAGGGUUUCGUAAUUCUCAUGACGGUAUCUCUGUGAAAUAAUUGUAAACAACUAUUAAUUUAUUGAACGAAAAUGUUGGUGAUUCGAUAUUACUGCAUUAUUUGCACAUAAAUUUGGCUAGGCUAGAAGGUUUUCUUUUUUUAAGAAACGCAAAAUUAAAACUGAAGCAACAAUGAACAUUACAUUUGACAAAGAAAACAGACGAAUGGUAUUAAUUCGUUGGAUGCAUGUGAUUAAACAAAACGAAAAAAAAAUCAAUCAAGGAAAGCACGUGUGUAGUAUAUAUUAUUAAAUUGUGUCUCCUUGGCGACAAAAAAUCUAUGGAAAUUCUCGUAAAAUUUUAGUGAGUCAAUCUAAAAUGCUGCAAAAUAAACAGAAAUGUAUUAAAAAUACUAA